AUGGCCGAGCGCGGCAAACACCGCGUCGCGCCCGCCCCGGCGCCGACCAAAAAGCAGUACGCGUACGUGCCGUGCCCCCGGUCCGAGGAGGUCGGCACCGAGUUCGCCCUACAGCUCCGCAGGGAGCCCGCGCCGCAGCCCUUGCCCGAAACACCACAGAAAUCCGAACGAUGCGGGCCAGUGCUCGGCGGCGGAUCCGGGCCGGAGCCGGAGCCCCCGCAGCCGCUGGUCACGCGCGAGCCGGGCGUGUCGCUGCUGCGCUGGGACCGGCCCGCGGACACCCGCGCGGCGGAGCGGGUCCGGAGGGAGACGCGGACAGAGCCCGUCUCGCUCGCCACGCUCGAGCGCGACUGCUUCGUCAUACCGGCGCACGCGCUGGAUAGGUUCCUGCCUGAUGGCGUCCCUCUUCCAGUCCCCCCUCCAACACCAGAGAAAGGCCAAACAACGAAGACUGCCCAAAACUCGCUCAGUAUCCUGGAGGUCGCCGAUCCCAAGCUAUGCAUUUUGGCCCACCUGAUGAGCCCCCUCGAGCCUAUAGAGCCAAUACUGGAAUCACCAAUGGCUAAGCCCUUGAUCAAACAGAAGGCUGCGGCAGGGGAACUUUUAACAGAAGUAGCUCAGGCUAACACAGCUGUAGGAGGGAUGCUACUCGCUAAUAUGGAACGGAACGCAGAAUUCCCAUUCAUAUCAUACUAUGUGAUAAAUACUACGCAAACUGAUCCUUUGCUUUUCUACAAUAACAUGCGGUGUGCUUCACUGAACAAGUUUGAUCCGAAGGCGAUCCGGUACUCGGCGGCGCAUACGCUGGACCUGUAUAGCGAGGUGGCGAUGAUCUGCCGGCCGCCCUUCACGGACUUAGCUGGUGGGCCGAAGAAGUCACACACGCCGACUACUGGAUUCAUUAUUAGUGUUUAUAAGGUAUUCGAAGGCGACGACGGCGAGCGUUUCGAGCGCAACUGGCUAUACUGGACCGGCGCGCGCAUGCUCUACCGCCAUCUCCCUCACUCGGUCGGGAUGAGGAAGAUAGCGCUCCACAAGUCCGUCGCCAGCCACGGCGACAAGAUGUACCUGCUGGUGUGCGAAUGUGCCAACUUGUUGGACGACCUGUCGGGCGCGGCCAUGCUGAUCACGGCGCUGCGCGCGCGCCUGUGCGGAUACACGGGGCUGUACAGGCCCAUACAGACUUUCUAGCAGAGAGACGGGGCGGUAAGCCCUGAUGUUUAGUAUAUGCUAGAGUAAAAGGCUAUUGGAACCUAUUUUGUGAGAUAUUGAAAUCUGUUAAAUGACAUAACUUGAUUCAACAUCAAGCGGUUUAGCACAACGCGCUCUCGCGCGCGAGUUCAUGUUUCAAAGUUCAAGCGCUAGAUGUAUGGACUCGCGCGCGACAACGCAAGCUAUGCUAGCACGCCAAGUAUAGAUAAAAAUUUGUAUAAUUAGUUGAGCGAGUGACUUUUGAAAGCGACCACCACUGUAGUAAAAUAUCUAAUCGGACCUCAAAUGAACAUUUUUAUUUACCUACCUGAGCAAUUCCCGAAUAGAUUGUACAUUUGGAUCACGUCCCCGAUUUUGAUAAA